AUGAAUCAGGGACUUUUUGCUUUGGCAUUUCUCCUUUGCGUUUCUUUCGGUAAGUACUUUUGGUCCUUUCUAUUGCAUUGAUUCGCUCAUUACCAUCUAGUUCUUUCUAGCAAUGAUUAGAUGACGUGCCAGUCGAUCGAUACAUAGCGGAUUUGAAACGGUUUUAGUCAAAGUUGCCUUUCUUAGGGCUGUACUUUCUUCGCUGUAUUGGGUAUACGAUGAUAUGAUGUUCAGUCGUUCCUUACAAGAUUACGCUUCGUCUUUGUAACGGUUGUCUUUACGUAUUAAAUUGAUCUGAAUGGAGGAUCAUGAGAAAAAGCUGAGUUUGUCAAUAGGUCGUUAUAUCGAAAGUUGCAUUCAUGCAUUAGUGAAAAGGUAUUUUGUAACAUUAAAACUUAACUGGCCGCGUUUAAUGGAAACAGCUGCUCUGUAAAACAACAAAACGUUUCCGCGUUCACGGAUAAGCCAGCGCCUACUUUCAUUUCACAGAGGCUUUCAGUAAACCACCAAAUUCCAAACAUAUCAGCUGGUAUCAGUGAAACAUCUUUACUGUUGCUUUAAAAAGUUCAUUUCUACUAGUAAUGCUAAAAUUGUCUUGGUUCGUGGUUCAAAUGGGAUCGAAGUCUAUUUUAUUGCUGAAUUAGAAGUAUAUCAAAUUUGGCGAGAGAUAAUUGUUAAAAUUCUUUUGAAAGGUUUCAGCUAUUGUAAACUGUUCCUCGCUUUUGAAUCUCUACGACAAAUAGAAUUUCUAAUAAAAUUUGUUUUUGGGCUCAAAGAAAAUGACGUCUUGGUAUCUUCUGCAGCCUGAAUUCCUCUGUACAAAGAACUAUUAAAAUUUCCUGGCGGUGUAACUUUCGCACAUUUGAAGAACGAAAAUUCCAGCUAUGAUUAUCGUACGCAAUCGUGACUCGUGAAUAUAAGUGCAUGAAAGAAGCACUAAGGGGUACCACCACAGAGUAAGGGAGUGAAAACUUUCACUCCGAAAAUGGCGAUUGUUAAUUAUUUAAACUCGCUUGACUUUUUAAGUGCAGGUGAACUUCUCAAAGAUCAGAAAGGGAAAGAAAUAUUGGUGCGCUUUCAUGUUAGGUUGUUGAUUUAGUGGGAGUUCCGAAUCAGCACGCCAUAGUCAUAACGUUGAUUUCAAAGUUUUCAUUUUUUUUGUCCAUUUUAGACUUUUUUUAAUUUUGAGUUCAACGCAAGAGGGAAUGGGCUCAUUCUCUCUUAGCUCAGUCAACGUCUAUCCGUGGUUAUGAAAUAAAUCGCGUUCCACGUAAAAUUCGUGGAAACUGACAAAGGACUCAUUCGUAUUUUCCCGGAAUCGGGGCUAUUAUUGAUGACAUUGAUAAGGCUUCGCCUAUUCUGAUUGGCCGUGGGUCAAAACUGACGUAAUGUUAAUUCCCCUGUAUUUAUUUUGCUGUGACAUUCUGUCACUCAAGAAAAAAGUACUCAAAUGAAUAUUACCUAAAAAGCAUGCAUGCUCGAGUCUCGUGUAGCGGAUAAAGAGCAUGAAAAAUUGUUUCAUAACUGAGUCUCUCUAGUUCGUUAAAGUUGACGUGAAGCAAUCGGCAUAAUUAAGUACGUGGAAACAAUUGUCUACGCGAAACAAACAGAGCUAUUUUUGCUGCUAGUUGAAACUCUUAUACUACUUAGCUACUAAAGGCCAAAGGAGAAUACGUUUUCAAGGAAGCUGUGAAUCUUCAUUUAUGACUAGAGUAAGAGACAAAAUGAUGUCAAAUGACAGUAGUGCUAAAGAAGUUUAAUUUGUGUGGUUUAAUACAUCACGAGGGUCUACUCUCAUGCGAAUGUAGGCCGUUACUGAACAAACUGAUUUAACAUUGAUUCUUCUGAGGUCAGUUCUACUGAUUCGCUGCCUUUAAUGAAUGAGGAGAGGGGGCUCUGCCUGACUCUACCUACGGAAACAAGGUUGCGAGUUAAUUUAACUGGAAAUCUGUUCGCUACAAGAUAAAAAUGGAACUUUUCUACGGUAGCGAGGAAGCCAACCCGUCUAUCAUACUUCUUAGUAUUAUCACUACUGAAAAUGUUGCUCUUCUUCACUGGCGAAGACAUCGCGGUUGAAAAAAAAAACGGGCCGAUAAUAGACUUUUCAUUCGAAUUUUUUUACUUGAGCUUCGUUAGCGAUAAAACCAGAUAAAUUAAGUUUACGUAACUUCGUCAUCGCCACAGGGAACCCGAACGGUGUAUUAGCUAAUAAAAGAAUCAGUCAUUUACCUGUGUUUCCGAAGUCUUUAUGAGCUGUUUUGGAAGGGAUUUGAAUCCAAUGAGUGGAUUCAAAUACCUUCCAAAACGGCUCAUAAAGACUCAGGAAACACAGGCAAAUAACAACUUUUAUCAGCUAAUACAGAGUUCAGGUUCCAUGUGUCAGAACAAUUAUCAAGAGCAUUGCUGGAGCGCUAUAGGCCUUGGGACAGAACCAGUAGACUCUUAAAAGGUCUAGCUAUCCGUGGUAACAACAGAGGGAAAACCGGUACUACUACAAUCUGUUGGCACUGCUUUGCUGUUAGUGUAUAUACAGAAAGGAGUGCAAUAAUUCCCUGAAAUUUUGAAAGUCUAAUUAUGUGUUCUAUUUUAGCAUGUGGCUUACAGUGUUAUCAGUGCAUAAGCACGAAAAGUUGGGAUGACUGUGAAAGCGUCAAAACAAAGGUGAACUGCUCCUCUAGCAAGAACCGAUGUUCUAAGGGCUACGAAGAUAUCAAAAAAGGCGGAGUAUCAGUGAAGGGUUAUGGCAAAGGUUGUAGCUCAGCAGAUUUUUGCAAAACUGCGACAGACACCGACGCCUGUAAGGAAGGAACCUGUGAGUUGGAUUGCUGCUCUGGAGAUCUUUGCAAUGCUGCCACAGUACCACUGGUCAGCGCCAUCAUCUUUACCGUAUGCGCUGUUCUGGCCACUUCUCUGUAA